AUGCGUCGAAAUUCUGAUAUCGAGAUUCACCUUCCGGACGCUGAUCCCGCCGUUGCACCGGAAUCCAUGGAUGAGUCGGACGUGGAAAUGUCAUCGGAAAAGCCACCAGCACCGCUAAGCUUGCCCGCUCAUAUCGCUGCUCGUUUUUAUCGAAAAUCUACCGCAGCAAGACGUUCUUCGGUAGCGUCGUCUCGACGCAGUUCGAUUUCUUCACUUCAUUCCCAUCAUUCGAAUGCAUCCGCCCGGGGCGCAUCUCCGACGGAUCACAUUGCGCAACACCACCGCCGUACAUCUAUCCUCGAGAGCCGCAAGGCUAGACUUGCAGACCGCGCGUUGCAUGCAGAAAAAGUGAGAAGACGGGCUACUCUUUCCAAGGCCGCUACGAGAAACAUGCACCGAGAGGAGAGGGCGCUGGCCGCUCACCAGUCGCGGGAGCGAUUGCUAGCAGAAAUCACGGCAAAAUGUGAGGAGGAAGUCCGACGGGCGAAGAAGAUAGCGGAAGACAACCGGGAAAAGAAGGCUGCGGAACAUAACCGAUUACGUCUGGAAAUGGCGGAGAAGUUCGCAGAGACCGAGAGGCGACGGAUGCUCUAUCAGCAGAGUCACCGGCGUCAGCGUACGAGCAGCCUGCCAGUUACAGAGGAAAAGAAGAUGGCUCGGGAGGUUACCAGGUCGCUGACCCAAGAUGCGGCAGCGAAGACAAUCCAGCGAGUCUGGAAAACAUAUCAUGCAAGAUCGGUCAUGCAGCAAUUCCAGACCCUAGGCAUCAACGUCGGGAAUAUCAAUAACAUGGCUUUCGAGGAUAUCGGGGCGUUGCUCUCAGAGGACCGGGUGUUGGACACCAUGGCCCGAGUGCUUCGUCUCUGCGGUUUGCAAGAUAUGACGAACGGGACGAUGGGCGGUCGAGGAGCUGUCCGCACGUUUUUGAGUAGCUAUCUCAUCGUCACGCAUCCCAAGGAGGUUUUGAGCAGUAACGGGGAACAGGAACAGGACCUGAUUGCCAAAGCGCGGGAGUUACUCGCGGCGUUUGAACAGGUCACAUCGUUGCUUUUGUCUGGCUGCUGCUCUCCAUCAGUCAUCUCCACGGAACUCCAAACGUUGUGCGAGGCAUACAACGUCUUCUUUUCUGCGUUCCAUGCCUGGAAGUCGCAUGACUCGAGUGUUCUGACCGAGAUCAUGCUUGCUCAGUUCGUCGAAUUGGAGUUGAUCUGGCAGACGGUCAAGGAUGACCGGGCGGGUGGCGUUGCGGAUGAUUAUCGAGAAGGGAUCCGGCAGAACCAGAUUACACUCCUGGCCCGGCUGAAGCGUCUCGUGGGCUCCGAAAAGGCGAUGCAGAUGGUGCGGGGUGCUUUGAAAAAGGCCAAACGCGCGAAGAAGCGGAGCGCAUCCAAGCAAGCUAUUCCUCGGUCCGCAACCGAAGGGACAACCUCGAAUGAAGCGCUGACGGACGGCGUUGCAUCUCCUAUUAGCGAGACGUUCAACAACGUAGACAGUUCAGUUCUACGGGAGCUGGACCAACAGCGAAUUUCGCCACACGAGCAUUUCAGCAAGAUGCUCACGGCUCUGCCGGAGAAUCGCACGUUGGUCCACGAACUCCUCGUUAAUAAGGAAUUUAGGGUCGACGAGGCCCAAUACACCAAACCGCGCAGACAGAUCAUGCAACACAUGUGCGUCAUGAUGAGGAAGGACGUGGAGGCAGGCCUGGGCGUGAAUUGGACCAUUGCGAUGGCCACGGUGGUUCAAGACCGACUUUUGCGUUCACUUCGACCAGGCAACUCGCUACACGUACUAAUCAGUGAGGUUCUCGAUCCUAAACUGGUGGAGAACCAGUGCAAGGCUGGCGCAUUCUCUUAUGAAAAUUUCUUUGAAUUCAUGAAUACCAUGCUGCCGAAAUUGUGUGCGCCGUACCGGGAUUCCCAAGUCCACGCAUUUGCUGAAGAUAGGUCUGGAGAUGCCAUCGACCGUCUCACGCGGUUAAUGGGGAUUAUCGACCUUCUGUCGCUGGAUCACACGAAUUUCAUGAUCCGGGUCGCCGCUCCUCAACUCAUCCAGGAGGGUCCUGGGUACGAGCAGCGUACAUUCGAGAAGGAUCUCCAGGAUGGCACAGUAGGAUUAGGAAAGACAAGGCGAUUUUGGCGGACACAUCGGAAGGUCAUCGUGGACGAGAUGAAGAAGCGGGAUCCAGAAAAUGUCAACGGGGAACCCCGACCUCCAGCUCCAAGGAUCUACGCGCAAGGUCUUACUGAUUUAGCCCUCAGUAAUGCGGCAGUUUCCAACGAUCUGAUCCCGGAAACGCUGGAGUUAGACCGUCAUCGGCUGCACGUCCUGCAUGCGACAGCAUAUAGGAUCGUGGCUACGGCGUCGAUUCUCCUGACAGCCAAGAACCUACUCAAGCGUGAUGUGCGGUCACAGUGGAAGGCUGAAGCGGACCGGAUUCUAUCGCUAGACUUCAAUGAUAUCACGCCGGAGCGAGUGCAGUCAAUCUUAGAGUCGACACACCCCAUGCCUCCCAGUGCCAGUACGCAGUUGGCGGCGACCAUUCGGCGGGUAUUGGGACCCGUCGCUACUGCAUGUGAGGUUGCCUCUUCUCCCCCUCCCUCUUCACCCCAGACAAUGGUUGAGGUCAAUGCGAACGGCGACUCCAUGCAAGACUCGUCCUCGUCUCCCGGAGAGGAAGGGGAGCCCGCCCAUCACAACUCGAGUAACGGAUCGGGAUCCGCUGCGACCAGCUUCAGCGAUCCUGUCGCCCGACUGAUCCUGUCCCGUCUGCGCGCACACGUUCUCUCUCGCCUCAGUGCAUCGAGUGCCAGCGAGAGAGUGCGAACGACGACGACUGCGAGUCAGAGUCUGGCGGGAGCUGGGAUGCCUGAGUUUGUAAAUGCGGUUGGGAAGCUGGUGGAGGAAUUGGAGAAGGUCCGGGAGGUGGAUUGGCUCUGUCAUGGCGUUUUUUAUGAGAGGAUAUUGGAUGAAGGCGUUUCUUCGGGGCAAUGA